AUGGCUACAAACCUUGUUCACGGCGUUUAUCAACACCACCGCCGCCUGAUACCACCGCAGCAAUGUUUUAACUUCCACCAUGAUCGGACCUCCAUUAACGUCAACACCGUAUCCUCAAAUCUGAAGCAGUUCAUUAAGCUCCGUAGGAAAAUUAGGGUUCCGAGAGCACCUCCGGUUAUCCGUAGAUUCACCACCAUUUCUGCAUCACUUGAUCUAACCGAAGACAAUGUCAAGCUCGUUUUAGAUGACGCUAGAACAAAGUUUUCACACUUAUUCGAUGCAUCAGUAGGAAUGACAGGAGUUGCAGAAUUAGCUGAAGUAGAUGGACCAUUUGUGAAGAUUAGACUCAAAGGUCGAUUCUGGCAUGAACGUUCUCUUGUUUUAGCUAGACUUGGAAACUAUCUGAAAGAGAGGAUUCCAGAGAUAUUGGAGGUGGACAUUGAAGAUGAGAAGCAAUUAGAUGAUAGCCCUGAAAACUUUUGAGCUUUUGGAUUUACAAAUCAAGAUUCAUGAAUGAAUAUCACAAAACCACAAUGUUGUAACUUGUAAGCAUUCAUCUGAUUAGCAACUAAAAUACAUCUUUUCAAUUUUCAUAUAUGAAAUGCAUUCAUAAACACAAACAAUACACAACAAAUAAUACACAACAAAAUUGUCUAUCAGUCAACUAGUUAAAACCAAAUUAUGAUCAAACCCUGAAACAACUUGCAAAACAUUUGUAUCUUCUGAAAACUCAACCACCAUUGGUUCAUGUUCAUCCAUGGAGCUACCCAACCCAAGCCUCCCACUUCUCCCACACCCCCAAGAAAAAACCUCUCCAUUGUCCGUGAGGACAAUGGAGUGGACCCGCCCACCCGACACUGAUACGGGCUUUUCCCCUAAAAGCCCAUCCACAAGCAACGGAAUAUUCCCUGGACCUUCUCUUCCAAGUUGACAAUUUUGCCCCCAACCCCAUGAAAACACCCCUGAGAUACCUUCACCACCUUCUGCAGAUGGAAUCUGGCAUAUAGCUAAAGAAUGCCCUAGCCCUGAAGAAAUUGAAACAGGGUGGACACUUAUAUCAACAGGAAGUAACUGUAACUCCAAAUCUUGUGUUGAUCUUCCCAAUUGCCCAUAUACAUUGCUUCCUCCACUUAAUAAAGUUCCAUCACCUGAAUCAAGAUUCAAAAACACUUUUUUUUUAUCAUUUUGGUGUAAAAAAAUAGUAUAAUAGAUUGGAGAUUGUAUCUGGUAAAUAAAACAUGACAUAACAGGUUAUACUGUAUUUAACUGAUGUUAGUCCUAGACUUACGUAAAAGAACCAAGGUGUGGUCAAGUCCACAUGACACAUCAGCAACUUCAACACCUUUUAAUUCGUCAAUCAAACAUGGCUCCCAUAUGAUAGGCAUAUCAUUCUCUUUACUCAUAGCUUCCAAUACUACUUUUUCAGCAUCUUCACGCUUUGACAAAUUGUUUACAGAAUCGAGUGGGGACACACCUGUAAUUUCUCUCUUUCCUAAUCUACCAUCAGCUGAAUAACCCCAACCGAAUAACUUUCCAUCUUUAGUAAGUGCAAGAGCGUGUCCCCAUCCAAAUGAGACCU